AGUGUGUCGUUGAUCGUUCGUUCAUUAAGUCGAAAGUUAAUAAAAAUAAUUUUGUCAAAUAUGUGUCAGUAGUUAAUUAAAUAUUUGAAAUAAAGUUUAAAUAGAUAUCCCAGCAAAUGAAAUGGAGAAAUCAUCUGUUAAAUCAUCAAAACUGAUUACAAAAUCAAAUAUUAAGAGUGAAAAUGAAAGCAAAAGUAGCUUGUGUAGUGAUUCAUCUGGGCAGUGUUACAUGAAAAGAGAAAAUGCGUCAAAGUUUUCGCCACUGUUAAGGCAGAUUUUGACUGCUGGUGCACCGAUAUUAUCAACUGUUGCAGCUGGUUUCACCACAGGCUUUUCUGCAAUAUUCCUACCACAAAUUCAAUCUAAUUCAAGCAGUAUUAAUGUAACAAACGAGGAAUCAUCAUGGAUUGCAAGCAUUGCUGCUUUCGGCAUGGCACCAGGCUGUUUAAUUGGAGGAUUUAUAAUGCAAAAAUAUGGACGGAAAUUUGCACAAUAUUUUCUCUGCAUACCGACAAUCCUUGGAUGGCUGUCAAUUUUGUUCGCUAAAAAUGUUCCGUUCUUAAUACUUGGAAGACUCUUGACGGGAUUAGCUACUGGGUUGCUGGGACCGCCUGCCAGUGUAUACAUCGGUGAAACGAGUGAACCAAAGUAUCGCGGAUUUCUUCUCGCAUCAAUAACAUUUUCUUUAUCAUUUGGCAUAUUAUUGUGCCAUGUGUUGGGAACAUUUUAUCACUGGCGUAUUGUAGCUUGUGUUGCGGGAGUAUUUCCCAUUACGAUGUUCAUCAUUUUAUCGUUUGUACCUGAAUCACCCUCUUGGCUUAUGACACAACAUCGAUUGAAGGAAGCAGAAGAAGCUUUUCUUUGGUUACGAGGUAACUCACAUGAUGCUUUGUUUGAAUUAGAAAGCUUAGUGAAGAAGCACGAUAUACUUAAAAAAGAAGAAGACGCAACUGAAGAGCAAAGCUCGUAUGAAAAACUGAAAACAAACUUAGCAAAACCAGAAUUUGUAAUGCCAUUGGCUAUCAUUCUGUUCUUCUUCUUCGUCAUGCAAUUUUCUGGUGUCAAUUCUGUCGCCUUCUACACUGUCAGUUUAAUGAAAAACAUCACCGGUGCAGGGAAUGAAUAUUUAUCAAUGAUCAUAAUCGAUACAGUGAGAGUUUUAGUGUCAUUUAUCGCUUGUAUUUUUCUGAAAAUAUGUUAUCGACGAACAUUGAUGCUGAUAUCUGGCGUGGGAACAUCUGUUUGUUUACUAUCCGUUUCAAUGUUUAUGUACUUUGACAAGACGACACCCAACAAUUCCAAUUAUUCUUGGUUGUCCAUGACCUUCUUAAUUGGCUACAUCUGCUUCAUCAGUUUUGGAAUUUUCCCUCUUCCCUGGGUGCUUCAGGGAGAAAUGUUGCAACAAGUUACGAGAGGCUUCAGUUCGGGUUUGACAUCAUCUUUCAACUUUAUUUGCUUUUUUGUCGUUGUUAAAACUUUUGUAGAUCUCAGUGAAACUUUGGAAACCUUUGGCGUUUUCCUGGUUUAUGGUUGCAUUGCCCUUAUUGGUACUAUCGUUCUUUAUGUAAUUCUGCCUGAAACCAAAAACAAAACAUUGCAACAAAUUGAAGACAGCUUUUCAAGUAAAAGAUCUUAA